UGUAGCCCACCUCUCUUUCAAUAUGUUUCCUGGUCUAGAUUGGAGUAAAGCAAUAUUGUCUCAGUGGGUGCAGAUCUCUGCUGGUGAACAAACUGAAGAAAAACUGACCCAAGAUGGAUCUAGCAGCGGUCUUCAUCCAGUUGAGCCGAGCAAACCUCCCUAUAAUUGAAUACACUUGUCUGUUCGGCACCAUUGCCAGAUGCACUAGAUUUGCUGAUGCCCACUUGAAGUCCCUGUACCAGAUCCGCCUCCUUGCUCAUGAAUGGAAGGAAUUGCCGGAGACCGGUGACUACACAUGGGAAGAGUACGUGGAUUUAAUUUUAGAGAUGUUCGCUUCUGAGAAUCGUCUUAAAGAGCCAGUGCCCACGCCUGCCACGGCCAAUGACCCCACGCCUGCCAUGACCAACGAGCUGGAAUCCUCGUCCGUCCCAGACCCAGCGUUGCCUGCCUCGUUCGUCCCAGAGCCAGCGUUGCCAGCCUCGGACGUUCAGAGGAGGAAAAGAGGGAAGGCUUCUGUUCCCCAUUUUCUGCCUGUACUCUCCUCCACGGCUCCGCCUUCCACGGCUCCACCCCCAGAGCCUAUUCCUCCCACGGCUCCGCCCGCUCCCCCAGAGAUUGCUCCUCCAGCGGCUUCCCCAGAAACUAUUUCGUCCGUGGUGGCUCUGACAUAUUCCCUGUUGUCUUUUGUUUUUGUGAUUUUUAUGUUGGAAUUCUUGUUUAGUUUCCUGUGUUAGUUUUGUAGUCCUUGUAGUUUUAUUCACUGAUUGUUUCGCCAGGUGUUCCUUGUUUUCCCUUGUGUAUUUAAGCCCUUGUUUUCCGUGUUUCCUUUGUUAGUUUUUGUAUGUUUUGUGCCUGGUUUCCUGUGUUACAUUGUUCAUUGUUUGUUUGCAUUAAAGCUGCACUUAGAUCCUCAUUCUUUGCCUGUCUCGUCACACCGUGGUCACCAUCUACAUUUGUUCUGUGGAAAAUAGAAACUUGGAUAUUCUACAAAAUCGUUUUUUUCGUGUUCUGUAAUGGGGUAAAUGGGGUAAAAAGUAAUGGGGUUUAAAAUUAAUUUGACAUUUUAGAGGAACUAUUUCCUUAAGGUAGCUUUCGC